AUGACAAACGAACUAGUACCUGAUUAUGUUAACUAUCUCAGGGAAGAUGAUAAGCAAGAAUUCAUCGAAUUAAGGAAGAUGUUCACAUCAGAGGACUACAAUUUCUUCGAGCAAAAUCAAUUUUGUGAAAUCAUGGAUAUCAUCAAAGAUUAUUCUGUGCGGAAUAAUGAUGAUGACCCUAGACGAUGUCUAGUAUGUGGUUUGUGUUGGACAAAUACCGGUUUAGGUGUUAACUCAUCACAUCUAACGUACUUAACAGGUCAGCCUAAAUCCACAAUAAACAAUGAGCUUAAUAAUUUAAAUUACCAGCCAUCAAUAUUUUCGAAUGAAGUCAUUAUAAAGAUCCCAAUUCUUCAAGGUAACUUUAGAGAAUUAAGACUUUGGUCGUUCAGGAAAAACCCUACCACAAUUGUAAACAAUAUUAAUAACUAUAGACUCUCCAGAUCAGAAACGCCAAAGCCACAUACUAAAAUGUCUAUUUUGUUUGAGUCAACAUUUAGUUACGAGCAGUUCAAUAUAUACGAGUUCCAAAGCAUCCCGUCAGAUAAUGCAACAACUGAUAGUUUUUAUAACGAUAUUUUUGUGCUCCCAAUGACUAGCUGGGAGAAAGGCAAUUGA